UGGUAAUGCUGCCCGCCAAAAACCUCGAUCUCCCGCCAACAGCAGGGCAUUGAGGGCAUUUAUUCGCUUUUCUCUGUUCUCUGUCUUUUCGAGUGGCAUUAAAAUUUCAGCAAAAGUUUUCACGCAUAAUCUGAAACUUCAGUUCAAACUUCUUCUGAAGACAUGUCCAGCCCUGCUCCUUCGAGAACUCCGUCCAAAAGGACGACUCGAUCGCAAGCAAACACGCCAAGCCGGGAGAAUGGCCAAGGAUCUGAGAGCGGAACACCAGGAAAGCGACGAGCAACCCCUCAGAAGUCUCCAGCAACCACUCCGCUACGUGUUGGGGCGAGAGGAAAGAAUGCGCGGCCAGAAGGCAUGGGCACCAUCGCCGAGUCUUCGGAGUUUGAUUCUCCGGCUGUGGGAAGCCAGCAGCAACCUAAUAACCCUGUCACCAGCCCUCUUGCUGCGGGUGCGGAACAUAUGGGUCUGAGUGAAAUUGACCUGAGUUCACCUUUGAACUACGGAACGCCUAGCUCCCUUGGAUCAUUGAGAACUCCUAGAACAGGCAUUCAGGACACCCCUGUCCGAGUGAGGGCGGACAUUGGCUCUGAAAGGACUUUACGUCAGAUUGCAAUCCCGUCUGAUCAGCCUACUAGACCUGAAGGAUCAAGCCAAGCUGACAGCCAAGCGGGCCCCAAGAUGGUCAUCUGGGGCACUGACGUAGACGUCAAUGAAUGCAAAAAGACAUUCCGCCGCUUCAUCGAAAACUUUGUUGAUCCAAACCUUGAGCCUGACGAGGCCAAUUUGGCCAUUACUGACGUCAAUGAACCCAUUUACAUGCAAAAGCUCAAGGAGGUGCUUGCCCUGGAAGACCCCUAUUUUAAUGUCAACUGCGAACACCUGAAACAACACAGCCCCAGGUUGUAUGCCCAGCUUGUUCGGUACCCUCAAGAAGUAAUUCCUAUUCUGGACAUGGCCAUCAACGAGCUUUUCUUUGAAAAACAUCCGGUAGCAGUUUUGGAGCACCAGAUUCAGAUCCGACCCUUUAACUCUGACGUGACAGUGAGCAUGAGGAAUCUGAACCCUGAGGACAUCGAUCAGCUCAUCACUCUUUGCGGUAUGGUCAUCAGAACUUCAGACAUCAUUCCUGAAAUGCGCGAGGCAUUCUUCAAAUGUAUUGUGUGCGGAAGCACCACUGAGGUCGAAGUUGACCGUGGCCGUAUCGCCGAACCCACCCUCUGCGCUAACUGCAACACCAAUCACUGCUUCACUCUAGUGCACAACCGCUCGCACUUUUGUGACAAGCAGCUGGUCAAGCUCCAAGAGUCACCUGAUGAUAUGCCUGCUGCUCAGACACCGCAAACAGUCCUGCUCUACUGUCACAACGACCUUGUUGAUCAGGUCCAGCCUGGUGACCGUGUCACUGUAACCGGCAUCUACAGAGCUAUUCCGUCCGUCAUUAAUCCGCACAUGCGGAAUGUGCGUUCAGUUUACAGGACUCACAUUGACGUUGUUCAUUUCCGGAAGUCGAGCACUAAGAGGCUCUAUGAGAAUGUCGAAGGCAAAGAUCACCAGUUCUCUGACGAACGAAUUGCUCAGCUCAGGGAGCUUUCUCAAAAGGAUGAUAUCUAUGAGCGCAUGGCUCAUGCCUUGGCUCCCAAUAUUUACGAAAAUGAGGACAUCAAGAAGGGAAUUCUUUUGCAACUAUUCGGCGGCACCAAAAAGGAUUUCAACACUCAAGGCAGAUGUAAUUUCAGGUCAGACAUUCAUAUUUUGCUUUGUGGUGAUCCUGGCACAAGCAAGUCUCAGCUCUUGCAGUAUGUGUUCCAUUUGGUGCCAAGGAGUCAGUUUACCUCUGGCAAAGGAUCUUCCGCUGUUGGUCUUUCCGCUUAUGUCACCAGAGACCCAGAAACUCGGCAGCUUGUUUUGCAAACAGGCGCCUUGGUUUUGGCAGACAAUGGUAUUUGCUGCAUUGACGAGUUUGACAAAAUGAAUGAGUCGACUCGAAGCAUGCUACACGAGGUGAUGGAGCAGCAAACCCUGAGUAUCACCAAAGCUGGAAUUAUUUGCCAGCUGAAUGCCAGAACAUCCAUUCUGGCUGCUGCAAACCCUCUGGAAUCGCAGUGGAGCAAGAACAAAACCAUCAUCGACAAUAUCAACCUGCCACAUACUCUGUUGUCCAGAUUUGAUUUGAUCUUCCUGCUGCUGGACCCGCAAGACGAGCUGUACGACAGGCGCCUUGCAAAGCAUUUGGUUGGAAUGUACCAGAGCACCCCUGAAGAAGACGAGCAGGAGUUCAUGAAUAUGCUCCUGAUGAGGGACUACAUUGCUUACGCCAGAGAGCACAUCCGACCAAAAUUAACUGAAGAGGCGAGCAACAGACUGAUCGAGAUGUACAUCACUAUGAGACAGGCUGGAAGUGCCCGCGGACAAAUUUCUGCUUUCCCUCGGCAACUCGAGUCCCUCGUUCGCCUUGCGGAAGCACAUGCCAAAAUGAGGUUCAGUCAGCAUGUUGAACUUGUUGAUGCUGAAGAGGCUUGGAGGUUGCACCGAGAAGCCCUGAAACAGUCCGCAACUGACCCUCUUUCUGGCCGAAUUGACGUUAGUAUUCUGACGACAGGCAUGAGCUCAGCCAGCAGGAAGCACAGAGAGAAACUCAUGAAAGAGCUGAAAAACCUCAUCGAGAACCAGUCCAAGGGAACCACUCUCAACUUCAAACGGUGCCUCACAGAAUUGCGUGAAAAGGCUGACUUGAUGAUUACCACGGAAAUGCUCGAGGAUGCAUUGAGCGCCUUGCAAAAUGAAGGAGCUGUUAAUUUGAUCAGCAGGUCAUCGUUCAGGAUUUGUUAACCAAAAAAGUAUUUGAUCAAGAAAAAUAAUAAUUUCAGAUAGAUUUAACUUGUAAAUUAGUCUAUUUUAAUGUAUUUCAUAUAAAUUUUUUUUAUUUAAAUAAUAUAAAAUGUUUCA